AUGCAGUCCGACGGCGAGGACGACGCGCUGCCGUUGUAUUACGACCCGGAGCUCAUCGCGAAGUACUGGCGUCGACGCCCCGCGGCGGUGACGCAACGCGUCGUCCAGCUCUUGUCCAUCGCGGGCGGGUUCAUCUCCGGUAUUUUGUCCGAUAUCGUCAUGAAGAGGACGGAGCAGAACAGCGUGAAGCGCGCGAUUCAGCUCAGGGACAUCGUCACGUCCCUGGGCCCGGCGUACAUCAAGCUCGGGCAGGCGCUGUCGAUUCGCCCGGACAUCCUCACCCCCGCGGCGAUGAACGAGCUCCAAAAGCUGUGCGACAAAGUUCCGUCGUUCGAUAACAAGAUCGCGUUCGACACCCUGGAAGCGCAGCUCGGGUGCAAGUGGCAGGACGUGUACUCCGAGCUCGGCCCGGACCCGGUCGCGGCCGCGAGCUUGGGGCAGGUGUACAAGGGCGUCUUGAAGGAAACCGGGGACGUCGUCGCGGUGAAGGUGCAGAGGCCCGCGGUGCUCGAGACCGUAUCCAUCGACUUGUACUUGAUCCGGCGUUUGGGCAUCGCGCUGAGAAAGGUCCCGCAGGUGAACACGGACGUCGUCGCGCUGCUGGACGAGUGGGCGGAGCGGUUCUUCGAGGAGCUGGACUACGUCAAAGAGGGCGAGAACCAGACGAACUUCGCGGCGUCCAUCAAAGAAGAUCUGCCGCAGGUGGUCGUCCCGAAGACGUACAUGGAGUGGACGCGCAGGAAGGUGAUCACGUCCGAGUGGCUCGACGGCGAGAAGUUGUCGCAGUCCACCGCGGACGACGUCGGCGACCUCGUCAACAUCGGCGUGAUUUGCUACCUGAAGCAGCUGCUGGACACGGGAUUUUUCCACGCGGAUCCGCACCCGGGAAACUUGAUCCGAACGCCGGACGGGCGGCUCGCGAUCCUCGAUUUCGGUCUCAUGACGAACAUCGACGACAACAUCAAGUUUGGGAUGAUCGAGGCGAUCGCGCACCUCAUUCACAAGGACUACGAGGCGAUCGUGGAGGACUUCGUGACGUUGGAUUUCAUCCCCGAGGGCGUGGAUCUCAAGCCGAUCCUCCCGCCGUUGUCGCGCGUGUUCGACCAAGCCCUCGCCGGCGGCGGCGCGAAGAACAUCAACUUCCAGGAAGUCGCCGCGGACCUCGCGCAGAUCACGUUCGAUUACCCGUUCAGGAUCCCCCCGUACUUUGCGCUCAUCAUCCGCGCGAUCGGCGUCCUCGAGGGCAUCGCGCUCGUCGGCAACCCCGAGUUUGCGCUCGUGGACGAGGCGUACCCGUACAUCAGCAAGCGGCUGCUCACGGACGACUCUCCGCGCCUGAGGGAGAGCUUGCGGUACAUGGUGUACGGCAAAGGGCAGGUGUUCGACGCGGAUCGGUUGAUCGACGUCUUGGAAGCCUCCGGGGAGGACGCGGCCGCGAGAGAGGCGCUCACGUUCGUGUUGUCCCCCGAGGGGUCGUUCUUCCGCGAGUUUUUACUCGACGAGGCGGUCAAAGGCAUCGACGCGUUGUCGCGCGAUAACGCCGCGAAGGUGCUCGCGCAGGUCGGCCUCGCGGACGCGCGGCUGCCGCUGCUCCUUCCCUUGUCCGGGAUCCGAAGCGUGAGGGUGUCCCCGUCCGUCACCGCGGAGGACAGAGCCACGGUGGAGUCCGUGACGAAGCUCUUAAACUUUUUGCUGCGAGGCAGCCGCGGCGGCGCCGCCGGCGCCGGCGCCACCUUCGCUGGGGGCGAUCCCUCCAAGGCGCUCAGGGAGCUCGGGCCUCUGCUGCCCGCGGUCGCGACGGAGGUGCUGCCGGAGCUCGUCGCGCGGUUGAACAGCAGGCUCACCGCGAGGGCGAUACGCGACGUCUUGGGAGCGUCCGGGGCGGGCGUCUCGGAGUCCCGGCAGACGCCGCCGCUCGCGCCGGCGCCGGCGAGCCGGUGA